CUCGAAGAAGUGCAAUAUCCACACUCACAAAUAGGCAUUCCAAGCUCACAUUUCUCCACUACAUAAUCUAGCAUUUGUUCAAAGCUUUGGUCCAGUAAGCAUUCAUGAUGACUACUUCGGCUGCAAUGCAAUCCUACUUGGCCAACCCUAUGACCCGUUUGGCCACUGGGUCUAGGGUGAACCACUUUCUUCCCAGCACUUAUGUGCCACGUUUGCCUAGGAAUGCUACCGUGCGUGUGCGGUCCAUGGCAGAGAAAGACAAUCAAGAGCAGCCAACACCUGUUGUAGCUACUCCACCACCGAUACCACAGGCGCCACUUAAACCUAAGGUGAGCACGAAGUUCUCUGACGUGUUGGCGUUCAGUGGGCCCGCACCGGAGAGGAUCAACGGCAGGCUAGCCAUGGUUGGCUUCGUUGCUGCGAUGGCGGUAGAGCUAUCCAGGGGCCAGGACGUGUUUGCUCAGAUAUCCAACGGCGGGAUCCCAUGGUUCGUAGGAACCACCAUUGUGCUAUCAUUUGCAUCUCUGAUUCCUUUGUUCAAAGGGGUGAGCGUGGAGUCCAAGUCAGAAGGGUUUAUGACUUCAGAUGCUGAGAUGUGGAAUGGGAGGUUUGCCAUGUUGGGUUUGGUUGCACUCGCCUUCACCGAGUUUGUGAAGGGUGGAACCCUUGUGUAAACUCUGAUUUUGUUAAUUAGAACCGAUGAAUAAAACAAUAUAGGUCCAUGUAAUUCUGAAGCAAAUAGUGUAAAUCAAUUUUAGUAAAUCAAAGCAUACGAAUUUAUCAAUUCAAA